AUGGCCCGGGGGCUGCCCAGCACCGGCAACCUAGCAUGCUUCUGCCAGAAGCUGAACCGGCUGAAGCCACUGGAGGAGCCCACCACAGAGACGUUGCCGCAGCGCCGCCUGACCACACUGCAGCUGACCCUGCUGAGUGUGGGUGGCAUGGUAGGCAUGGGUAUCUAUCUAAUCACUGGCUCUAUGGCCAAGGAGAUGGCCGGCCCUGCGUUGCUCAUGUCCUUUGGCGUGGCUGCCAUGGCCUCCCUGCUGGCAACCUUAUGCUACGUGGAGCUUGCAGUGCAUGUGCCCUGUGCUGGAAUAUUCUACCUGUUCACCUACAUGUCCAUGGGUGAGCUGUGGGCCUUCCUCAUCAGCUGGAAUGUGCUCUUUCAGUGCCUAACUGGUGGCGCUGCCAUGGCCCGCAUCUGCAGCGCCUACCUGGAUGCCAUCUUUAGCCAUCGCAUCCAAAGCUUCACCGUCACCCACGUGGGCAUCUGGCAGGUGCUUCCAGACUUCUUGGCUGCUGGCUUUGCACUUUUGGCCUCCUUAUUCAUCUCCUGUGGAGGUUGUAUCUCUUCCUGGCUCAACCAGGUGGACAUCUUCUCUGCCAUCAACCUGGUCGUCAUCCUCUUCAUCAUCAUCCUGGGGUUUGUCCUGGCCCGCCUGCACAACUGGAGCACUGAGGAGGGUGGCUUUGCACCCUUUGGUUUCCCCAGCAUCAUGGCUGGUGCCGCCACCUGUUUCUAUGCCUUUGAGGGUUUUGGUGUCAUUGCUGCCUCCAGCAAGGAGGCCCAGACACCAAAGCGAGCUGUACCUAUGGCCAUCACCAUCUCAGUUGGUGUAGUGGCUGGUGCCUACAUCCUCGUCUGCACUGUGCUCACCCUCAUGGUGCCCUGGCACAGCCUGGACCCUGACUCAGCAUUCACAGAUGCCUUCCACCAGCGAGGCUAUAGCUGGUCAGGCUUCUUCAUUUCUGCUGGCUCCAUCUGCGCCAUGACCAGUGUCCUGCUCAGAAUUCUCCAUUUCCUGCCACAAACAACGUAUGCCAUGGCCAUCGACGGGCUCAUCUUCCAGGUGUUUGCCCACGUGCACCCCCGGACCCAGGUGCCUAUGGUGGGCAUCCUGGUCUUCAGGGUACUCAUGGCUUUCCUGGCACUACUGCUAGACCUCCAGGCACUUGUCCGGUUCCUGUCCAUUGGUGCACUGCUGGCCUAUACAUUUGUGGCCACCAGCAUUAUCGUGCUACGCUUCCGAAAGCCUCCUCCAUCCAGUUCUCAGGACCCAGGCAGCUCUGUGGGCACAGAGCAGGCCUCAGCCCCUGAGCCCGGGAAGGUGCGACCAGCCCUGAGGCCCUACCUUGGCUUCCUGAGUGGGUGCAGGCCUGGAGCCGCUGUGACUUGGGCGCUCAGUGUCCUGGUGGUCUCAGCCACCACCCUGGACUGCGUGCUGGUCUUCAGGAACUGGGCCCUGCACCUCCCGCCCUGGGGCUACACCCUGCUGCUCCUAUUCAGCUCCACCAUGUUUCUGCUCAGUCUCCUCGUCCUGGGGGCCCACCAGCAACAGCGUCACCAGUACACCUUUCAGGUUUCCCUGGUGCCCUUGACGCCCACCCUGAGCAUCUUCCUCAAUGUCUUCCUCAUGCUGCAGAUGAGCUACCUGACCUGGCUGGGCUUCUCCAUCUGGCUGCUGAUCGGACUCGCGGUGUAUUUUGGGUAUGGCAUCUGGCACAGCAAGGAGAACCAGUGGGAGCAGCCGGGGUUGAUGGCCACAUGCUACGUGCUGUUCCCCAGCAGCAGCUUGGAGGUGACGGUGCAGGCCGUGCAGCCCCCGAGUCAGGCACCAGCCCAGGAUCCUGGUCACACAGGGAAGCCCCCCAGUCCAUGA